UAGAACAAUCAUUUACCAAUGCAGAGAUGGAUGAACUAUCCAAUCCAAAUUCUCUAAUGCUAGGAAAUAACCACCAGCACACAGGAAUACUCCAAAGCCAGGCGUAUAUCAUAGACAAUUGAUUGAUCCAAAAGUCAUCAGUCCGUACAUUUAAAGAGGUUGAUGAAACGGAAAAUAAAAAAAUUCCAGAUGAAAGGGAAAAGAAGAACCAUUCAGAACAUAUUAAUGAUGCUUUAUUCUGAAGCCUUCCAAAGAAAAUCAAGUCUGGCAAGAGUCUACUCAGCUCUUCUGAAGCGAUAUGACUGAUGAAGACAUCUUCUGGGGGAGACGAAGAGUCUUCGAAAUUGCACUCGAGAAGUAUGAUUAAUCCUACACGCUGAUUAAGCUUAACUAAUUAUUCCUUAAAACUUGAAGUUAUUGCUGAAGCAAUAUUGUAUAUGGCUAUUCUUGCUUCAAGAGUGAAGAUGUCAAAGACAGGAAUAAAAGCCAGCAAGCUAUUUAAUGAGCCUUCGCUUAGGAAGCAUAACACAGAUCUCUACAAGAUACGAUCCCAACCCAUCACUUCUUGUAAUAAAGUAGUUCAAGUGAAAUCUUGAAAGAAGGUCUCUAGUCUAACUCUUCCCCAAAUUACACAAUUUUUGAAAUUACUUCAUACAACAGUCGAAGAUAAUGAAGGAAUGUUCACUCAGAUGCUUUACUAUCUCAUCAAGAUAAUGAGUAUCGGAUCGGUCCACCUGAACCAUAAAAAUUGGAAACCCUUACUAUUUACCUCAUUUCACCUCUCAGGGAAAUACAUCUAUGAUGCAUGGUACAUGAACAAUGAUUUUGCAGAGGUUUUGAGCCUUUAUGAAUGUACAAGGCUCAAUAGUUAUGAAAGGAAGUUUCUCAGACAGAUUCAGUACCUAUUAUAUUCUCCUCAAGAAGAUAUCUCAUGACUUAAAAAGGAUCCGAUUAAAUACAUAAGGCUUGCAUAUCAUGCCAAGACUUCAAAAUAAUAUCAAAUUUUCCGAAAUUUUACUCAGCCAGCCCCAAACAUAAGAGACUUUAAACUCAAAUACUUAUUCUAAUUUUAAUUGGUGCUU